AUGGCCCGUCGCGCUCUUCUUACCGGGGGCAACGGCUUCAUCGGAUCCCACAUCCUCGCCCAGCUUCUUGACCACGGCUGCACCGUCUGCUGUGCUGUUAGAACACAAGAAAAAGGCGACAAGAUCUUGAGGGACUUCGCCACCCAGCAGUCUCAGAUAACUAUCACAAUCGUCCCCGACAUCGUCGCACCGGGGGCAUAUGACACGGCGGUACAGGGAACCCCCGCUUUUGACGCCGUCUAUCAUACUGCAUCCCCAUUCACGUACGCGAACGCGGGAAGCAAUCUCCAGUUUCUCGAGCCGGCGAUCAAGGGGACAUUGAACCUGCUCAAAGCCGUGAAAGACAAUGCCCCUAGUGUGAAGAGAGUCAUUUGGACCGGCAGCUGUGCCAGUGUGAUUGACUACGACAACCUUGUCGCGGACCCACCAAGGAUUUAUACGGAAGCGGAUUGGAACCCUGUUACAUGGGAAGAGGCAGUGAAUGGGGAUCCGUCGAAAGCAUACAGAGGUAGUAAGCUUUUUGCAGAACGAGAAGCAUGGCAGUUUAUGAAGGAAGAACAACCACAUUUUGACUUGGUGACGUUAUCUCCGCCGGCGACUUUUGGUCCUCUGCGACAUUCUAUUACAAGUAUCGGGGAGUUGAACGAGUCCAAUUCUCGGUUGUGGAAAUUCUGCUUCAGCUCGACAAAAGAUGCACCGGUACCCUAUAUGCCUGUACACACCUAUGUUGACGUUCGAGAUCUUGCAUAUGCACAAUUCAGAGCUAUGAUUGUCCCAGAGGCAGGCAACCAACGGUUUGUGGUGUGCGCCAGGCAAUUCGACUUCCAGGAUGUUUGCGAUAUUCUCCGAUCACACCAUCCCGAACUGAGCGAACGCACGCCGCUUGGCAAACCAGGAACACGCUCUUUACCUCCGGGUGCAUAUUCCAUUGAUAAUUCCAAGGUGAAAAAGUUUUUAGGGGUGGAGUUCCGAAGUCUCGAAGAGACAGUUCUGGACGCCGCGCGGUGCAUGUUAGAUAUUGAGCGGAACGAAAAGCAAGCUCUUUCCACCUAG